GUCUCAACUUGUUUGGUCCAAAUGCAAUAAUUGUUGUCCUUUAACCUUCACCUCUGUUUCUAAAAAGUAUCACAAAACUACACUAAACACAGAACAGAACUCCAACAGAACAGAACAGAGCAGAAAAGAAAAAGAGAUGAGAGGUUCAUGGAAGCUCACAUGUUCCCUCUUUCUUCUCAUCUCCGCCGUCGCCACCGCCACCGACCACAUUGUCGGUGCCAAUCGUGGCUGGAACCCUGGCCUCAACUACACUCUCUGGGCCAACAACCACACUUUCUACGUCGGCGACCUUAUCUCAUUCAGGUACCAGAAAAACCAGUACAAUGUGUUUGAGGUGAACCAAACUGGGUAUGAUAACUGCACCACAGAAGGGGCAGUGGGAAAUUGGAGCAGUGGCAAGGAUUUCAUCCCUUUGAACAAGGCCAAGAAAUAUUACUUCAUUUGUGGGAAUGGCCAAUGCUUCAGUGGAAUGAAGGUUUCUGUUACUGUUCUUCCUCUUCCUCCACCUCCCACCUCUGCAAUUUCUGCUGAACAUUCAACGCCACACUCUGCUUCUUCUCUGCUCUUCAAACGCUCUCUGUUGCUUUCUUCUCUUUUGGCUUGUUUUGGAUCUGUCUUCAUGUAACAACUGUUGCUCAUUCUUUUCUCUAUUGUUGUAUUGUUUCUUGUUUGUUUUUGUUUCUGAUUCACCCCUUCUCAAAUCCCAACGUAUGCUUGUUUUGUUAAUGCUGAAAUUGAACAUCUCCGAUUCUGGCUA